AUGGGCCCCCCCUCCACCCUAACGGGCUCAUCAGCCACAUCUCUGUUCUCGUUACCGCAGGCGAUCAACCAGGAAAUGAAUCGCUGUAUCGCCGUGGGUACGGCUGAUGAGUACUUCAUCUACGACUUGCGCUCUCUCGUGGAAGACAUUUAUCUGCCGCUGCUGAAGGAUCCCACAGAUGAAGCGGAAAACACACCUCCACAGACGCGGUCCAUUUUCCGAUCGGCUAACUUGGAGAAUGGAGACGCUGUUGAAAAUACGGAAAAGCGCGCACGCGCCACAACUGACAGUCGGCGAAGCUCCAUCGGAUCAUUUGUCAAGUCUGAACCAACCGAGGACGCUGACGCCAUUGACGACGCCACUUCAGAAUCAGAUGAGGCAGCAGAAGAUGGAAACCCUACAAGCACGCAGGAGUCUACCAAGGCCCCCCUUCAGGCCGCCACGUCCGCAGAACUCGUUUGUCCGGGGAGCUGCCCCGCAUCUGCACUCCCGUCAAGUGAACUGAAGGAUUUGUCUUUUGAUCCCUCCGCUGCCGGUCAACGCGCAAUUGACUUGCCAGCAGAAUGCCGUCAGGAACUGGCGGCGACCGCAGAGCAGCUCGUAGCCCGAAUCCGAUUUACGAUCAACGAGGUGUGCGAGGCUGUUCCGCUGCGUGUGCCGUGUGAAGACCUCGAGGCCCUAGCAGACUCUACAGAAGCCCACCUCGUAACGGGCGUCGAGGAAUCUGUUCAAGAUUGGACUCAGGCAAUCAGGGCCGUCCUUGAAGCAGAAGGUCAGCGGCGCCGUGCUGACAAGUUUCCUGCAGCUGAACUAGAAUUCUGGCGAGAUCGGAACUCGGCUGUUUCCACACUCUACGAACAGCUGACAGUCCAGCGGAUUCAGCGCGUCCUCAGGUGGUUGAAACAAGCGAGCCCAGGAUCCAAGCACUUGAAAGAGUUCUACGGCUGCUUUGAAGACUUGCAAAAGGUAUACGUGGAAGCAAAGGACACAGUUCGGUUCUUGUCGACACUGGAAAGGCACUUCAAGAGCUUGGCCAGCGGCUCUCUCAAAGUUGUUGCUGAGACAAUAUCUCCACUGCUGAGCGCAAUUCGGAUGGUUUGGACCACCUCGCGUCACUACAACACCGAUGAGAAGAUGCAGCCGCUCAUGAUUCGCGUUGCUGAGCAGAUCGCAGAUCGGGUUCAAGAGGCUGUGCAGCCGAGCAGGAUUCUGCAUGGAGAUGUCUCUGCAGCGGCCACGACGGUCGACGAGGCGCAGAUCUGCCUCGACAAGUGGCAGCAGCUCUACAUGGACGUGCGGAAGAAAAUCGAGGACUCUGAGUGCGAUCGGAGAUGGGAGUUUGACAGGCGGAAGCUGUUCCGCCGCACAGAGUACAUGUCCAAGGUCUGCACGUAUUUGCGAGAGGCUGUGGAGGUCAUUAGUCAGUUUCAGCGCUUCCUGGGGCCCGAACUCAAAACUGUCACUCGAUACCACAAAGGCAUCGAUCGCCUGACCCGCGACGUCGAGGAGCUCGCACGGUGCUUCGACGUCCUCGGCGAUCGCGGGUUCGACGAGAGCAGCGCAGCGACCUGGGAGCACCUGUUGUCGCACUUCCGGCAAAAGACCACAGUCGUCGAAGCCAAGUCUCUCCAAUUCUUGGACACGCGCUUCAGAAACCUGCGCUCGGCUGUGGGCGCCUUCAUGAUGCUCAAGAACUUCAGCACCAUUGAAAGCCGACCUAUCAUCAAUGAGAAGCUCCGCGAGAAAUUCGCCGACAUCCUAAAGCAAUUCGGCAACGAGGUGGAGUCGGUGCGAGAGCAAUUCGAGUCCGCGAAGGAGAAUCCGCCUCUGGCUAAAGGCUACCCCAAGGUGGCAGGCUCCAUCCUCUGGGCGCGGGCCUUCUUGCAGCGGCUAAAAGAGUCGGUGCUGGAGUUCAAGUGCAUGCCGAGUUUCUUCCAGGGGGACGACGCGGAGGUCGUCUUCACCAACUACCUCAACCUCGCUCGCCAGCUCGUCGCCUACCAAGAGGCCGUCUUCAAAAAGUGGCAGGUUCGCACGAGCGGCUCAAUGGCGUGCUGUUUGAAGAUGAACAUCUUGCGGAAAAACGCAGAGGGAAAGUACGAGGUGAAUUUCGCGCCCGAGAUGUGGGCUGUCAUGCAAGAAGCUCGCUUUCUCGACCAAAUCGGUGGCAACGACAUUCCUCACACGAUUUUGAACGUCGCCCUGCAAAAGGAAAAGUACAUGGAAACCUGCGGCUUGCUCGAGCAGAUGCUUCAGCAUCUUGCCUCUGCCUGCGAGGGCAUGCCGCCAGUCCAGACUCGACUCCUCAACCGCCACUUGGAGAAGCUGGACAAGUGGCUGCAGCCAGGGCUCCAUUCGUUGAACUGGACUUCGCUGGGAGCAGAGGAGUUUAUCAGCAGCUGCACCAAAGCGAUAAUGGCCUUCCGCACUCUUCGCGACCAAGUGGAAAAAAACGCGGAGAUCAUCGGCGAGAUCGUGCAGGCCAUCCAAGACGCCGAGCUGGUCCGCAGCCUGGAAGGCCGCCCGGAGGAGCCUUUCAACAUCCAGGAGUUUUACGAGUACUUUGAGCGGCACCGCGCGGCGCUGGUUGAGGAGCUGCAAAGCAAGUACGCAUUCAUCACUUCGUACAUUAUCAAAAUCGAAGAGAUUGUGGAGGGCACGAUGACGGGGGCGAGUGAGGCCAUGGCUGAGUACUACAACUACUGGGAACGCAGAGUCUUCAACGCGAUCUCCACGAUGCUCAUCCGAGGCACAAGCGCCCUGCGCGCGCUCUUCUCGCUCAACCCUGGCAACCGCCUGCCGCCGCUCAUCGCCGUGAGCGCAGACUUCAACCAGGCGGAAGUCGUCAUUCACGGUUCCACGCAGGCGAUUUUCAAAAUUAUUUCGCGGCUCAUGCAAAACAUCCUCUACUCCGCAACGCGAUUCUCCCGCUGGAUGAACGGCACCUGCAAACGCGUACCUCCGCAGCCCGGUCAAGAAGAGGACUCGCAAGUUCCGCUCUUCACGUUCUAUUCGGAGAUCUCGCGAGUACCGGCGCUGAUCGACUUGACUGUGGCGACUCACCAAGCGAUUCAAAAAGUGUUUCAGAACGUCUCGAAAUACAUUCGCAGUUGGAAGAAGUACGACACCCAGUGGUGCCUGUGGGACCUCAAACGGAAGGCUGAUUUGGAGAAGCUCGUUGACAAGCGACCAAGCAUCGUCUACUUUGACGUUUACAUCGGCGCCUACAAGAAGCUCGCAGCAGAUCUGAGUACAUUGCCGACGACGAAAGUCAUCGGCUUUCUCCAGAUCGACGCCUCCGUGGUGGUGAACGGCAUUCGCGCGCAGGCGCUGGACUGGGUUAAUGAGUACGGGCGAGUGCUCCUCCAGAUCACCUUGCGAGAGCUCCACGAGUUGACGCAGCUAGUCGACACGAGCCUGAAGAACCUGGAGCAUAAUCCAGACUCGAUGGAGGCCUUCAAGUUUCUGCUGCACGAGAUCAACACGGUCAAGAGCGUCUCGAUGGACGCAGAGAUCCGGAUCGCCGACGCACAAGCCAUGUGCAAAACCUUGCAGACUUACGGCUGCUUCAUCGAAGACCGCGACGUGCGCCGGCAGACGGAGCUUCCUGCUGCAUGGCAGCGCGUCAAGAGCCUUUCCCUCCUCAAGGAGAAGCAACUUGAGAAAAAGAAAGAAGUCUUCGCCCAGGAAAAGCGACGAGAGGUCCUCGCCUUUGCGUCGGAGUGCAGAGGUUUUCUCGAUCGCUUCACACAGCAGGGCCCAGGUGCGGCGGCCGUGGAGCUCGAGGCGGGCGUCGAUCUCCUCGCUGCCUUCACAGCGGAACUGGCGAAGUUCCAGCAGAAGCGCGACAGCCUCACGAAGGCGGAGGUGCUUUUCGCGUUGCCCAUCACCGCCUUUCCCGAGCUCGAUCAGAUUCGCAGCUCCGUGCACCUGCUGCAGGCCGUCUACGGCCUCUACGUCGAACACCGCAGCGCUGUCGCCGAGUGGUCAGACAUCCCGUGGGCCACUGUCGACAUCCAGGAACUGCAGCGCGGCACGGACGAGUUUGCCAAGAAGCUGCGGAGGCUUCCAAAGGACUUCCCCGCCAUAGCCGACAUGCCCGCCUAUCAGAAGCUGACACAGGCAAUUGGUAGCUUCAUGAACGCCGUGCCCUUAAUCGAGCGCCUGAAAACUGAUGCCAUGAGGCCGCAGCACUGGCGACAGCUGAUGGACUUGACGGGAUGGGAAUUUGAGACAGACAACAGAAAGUUUCGACUGCAGGACGUCUUUGAUCUCGGUCUCUCGCGCUUCCCAGACCAAGUUCAGAACAUUCUUCAAACGGCUCAGGAGGAGAUGAAGCUCGAGACAGACAUCGCCAAGAUCGAGAGCUGCUGGAGGGCGCAGACGAUUGACAUGUGCCGCUACAAGGCCGAUGAGCAGAGCUACGUGCUGAGGGCGAACGAGGAGCUGCGGACGAUGCUGGAAGACCACAUUCUUCAGCUGCAGUCCAUGACGGGCUCUCGCUUUGCAGCCGUGGUCAUGGAGCGAAUAAAGAAGUGGGAAAAAACCCUAAACACCAUUCGCGAAGUGUUCGAAGCGUGGCUCCAGGUUCAGCGCAAGUGGAUCUACCUAGACGGGAUCUUCACGGAGUCCGUCGACAUUCGCCUGCAGUUGCCUGAUGAGGCGAAAAAAUUCGACAUCGUUCACCGGCAGUUCCUCGCGAUUCUCGCCCAGACGUACCAGAACCCGAGCAUCCUCUCCGCGUGCGGCGCGGAAAACCGCCUCCAAGACCUUAAAGCGCUCUCGGCUGAACUUGACCGCAGCCAGCGAUCCCUCUCAGACUACCUCGACACAAAGCGCGUGGCGUUCCCCAGGUUUUGUUUCAUUUCCGACGACGAGCUCCUCUCGGUGCUCGGCUCGAGCAGCCCGGCGGCGGUUCAGCCGCUGAUGCUCAAGCUGUUUGACAACUGCAAGCAACUGAUUCUCGAGGCUGGCGCGCAGGUGCUGGGUAUGGUCUCCGAAGAGGGCGAGUCCUUUCAGUUUCACGCAACAGUGUUGGCGGAGGGGCCUGCGGAAGAAUGGAUGAAAAACGUCGAUGAGGCAAUGAAGAGCACGCUCCAACGCAUCACCAAGAGCGGCGUCUACUACUAUGCCUACAAACCAAGAACGCAGUGGGUGCUGAAGCAGCUGGGCAUGGUCGCGUGCGUCGGCUCGCAGAUCUGGCGAACUUGGCGGGUAGAAGACGCUUUCCACGAAGUUGCCCGCGGCAGCAAGCAGGCGCUCAAGGAGGCGGCAGCCACGCAGGCCCAGCAGCUCACGGAUUUGAUUGAACUCGUGCGGAAGCCCCUAGACCAGCGCGCGCGGCGGAAGGUCAACACACUCAUCAUUCUCGACGUCCACGCCCGCGACAUGGUGGAGAGAUUCGUGCGCGAUGCAGUUCUCAACGCACGCGAGUUCGAGUGGGAGAGUCAGCUGCGCUUCUACUGGGAGAAGGACGCCGACGACAUCGCAGUCCGCCAGUGUGCUGGUGAAUUCGGCUACUCGUACGAGUAUCAGGGUCUCAAUGGGCGCCUCGUGAUCACGCCGCUCACUGACCGCUGCGUCAUGACGCUGACCACCGCCCUGAGUUUCUGCCUGGGCGGCGCGCCGGCUGGCCCGGCCGGGACGGGGAAAACCGAAACCGUGAAGGACCUCGCCAAGUCCCUCGCCAUUCGCUGCGUCGUGCAAAACUGCGGCGACGGCCUCGACUAUAAGGCGAUGGGAACCAUAUUCUCUGGCCUCGUUCAGACCGGUUUCUGGGGCUGCUUCGACGAGUUCAAUCGAAUCAAUCCCGAGGUACUCUCCGUCGUCACGGAGCAGAUCCGCGCCAUCGAAAUGGGCCUGCAGCAGGGCAAGGCCUCGAUCGAGCUGCUCGGCAAGAGCCUCAAGCUGGUCUCCACAGUCGGCAUCUUCGUCACGAUGAACCCCGGUUACGCGGGCCGGUCGGAGCUUCCUGACAACUUGAAGGCGCUCUUCAGGCCGGCGACGAUGAUUGUCCCCGACUCGGUGAUGAUCUGCGAAAACAUGCUGAUCUCCGAGGGGUUCGUCCACGCUCGAGUGCUCGCCAGGAAGAUGACCGUUCUGUACACCCUCGCGAAGGCCCAGCUCUCUAAGCAGCAUUUCUACGAUUUCGCGCUUCGCGCCUUGAAGGCCGCACUCGUCACCGCAGGCGCGCUCAGGAGCGCCUGCCCCGAGCUGCCAGAGGAGCUGAUUCUCAUGCGUGCAUUGCGAGACAUGAACAUCCCGAAGCUCGUCAAGCAAGACGUGCCGCUCUUCUUUGGGCUCCUUGGCGACCUUUUCCCCGGCGUUGAGUGUCCUCUCGGCGGUAACAGCCAGCUCAAGCAAGCGAUCGAGGAGGAGCUGGCCGCGAAAGGCUUCCGGUCGAAGUACGCGGAGCUGUUCGAGCUGCAAGUCGACAAAGUGCUGCAGCUCUACGACACGAUGAACACUCGCCACUCCACGAUGCUGGUCGGCCCGACCGGCGGCGGAAAAACCGUCAUCAUCAACACGCUCGCGGCGGCUCAGAAGGCAGCUUUUGACCGCGUCGUCAAGCUCCACGUGGUCAACCCGAAGGCGCAAAGCACCAACGAGCUGUAUGGCGUCCUAGAUCCGGUUUCGCGGGACUGGACGGACGGGUUGCUUUCGAAGAUUUUCCGCGAAAUCAACCAGCCGCUGCCGCCUGGGAAGGACGAACGGCGUUUCGUGGUGUUUGACGGGGACGUCGACGCCGUCUGGGUGGAAAACAUGAACUCGGUGAUGGACGACAACCGGCUGCUGACGCUCACGAACGGCGAGCGCAUUCGGCUCGAGAAGCACUGUGCGCUCCUCUUCGAAGUCGACGACCUGCAGUACGCGUCGCCCGCGACUGUCUCCCGCUGCGGCAUGGUUUACGUCGACCCGCGAAAUCUGGGGCCUGCACCCUAUUUCGACAAGUGGCUGCGCGCGAGGCACCCCGAGGCGGCCGCUGAGACCCUCGAGGAGUUCUAUGACAAAUACGUCCCUCCAGCCUGCGAGUUCCUUUUCAAACAAAAACGAAACGAAGACGAACUUGGGCCGCAACCCGCUCUCGCUGUCGCCAGAACGGACCUUAACCUGGUUCAGCAGCUGUGUCACCUCCUCGACAUUUUGCUUCCCGCAAGUGCCGCUCAGGCGCCUGCGCCCGACCGCCUGGAGAGUAUCUUUCUCUUCGCGCUGGUGUGGUCGUUCGGGGCUGCGCUCGUUGCCGCUGAGUGGUCCCGGUUCGACGCCUUCCUCAGGAAACUGGCCAACAAGGCCCUGCCGCGCGAGAGCCUCUUCGACUGCACCUUCGACGUCGCCGGCGGAAAGUGGCUCACCUGGGAGUCUCAGGUCAGGCCGUACACGCCUCCGGCAGAAGUUGACUUUACGAGUAUCUUCGUGCCGACAAUGGACACCGAGAGAUACGCGGCGCUGCUCGAGGGCUUUGGCAGCCGCUCGCUCCCAGUCCUCUUUGUCGGCGACUCCGGCACUGCCAAGUCCGUGCAGAUUCAGAACUGGCUGGCGACGCUGGACCGACAGAAGUUUGUGUACGCGCAAGUGAAUCUCUCGAGCCGCACGACUUCCCUCGAGUUGCAGCGUACGAUCGAAGAUAACUUGGACAAGCGCACGGGACGCAUCUUCGGGCCGCCUUCGGGCAAGCGCCUGAAACUCUUCAUCGAUGACCUGAGCAUGCCGAAAGUCGAUACAUACGGGACGCAGCAGCCCCUCGCGCUGCUCAAGUUUGUGAUGGAGCGCAUGGCGCUGUACGAGCGCGGCGGCGACUUGGAGGAGAAGAUUCUGAAGGACGUUUCCUUCCUGGCCGCCAUGAACCCGCCGGGUGCAGGCGCGAACCGCGUCGACCCGCGCGUGAUCUCGCUCUUCUCUUGCUUCCACGUCAACUUCCCUUCGCGCGCCUCGGUGCAUCGCAUCUACUCGUGGAUCCUCUCCUACAGAUUCCGCGAAUUCGCGGAAGGCGUUCAGAAAGUUGCAGAUUCCUUGCCGGCCGCGAGUCUGGAGCUGUACGAAGGCGUCGUGAGCAAGCUGACUCGCACGCCUGCCAAGUUCCACUACGUGUUCAACCUCCGCGACCUCUCCAGGAUCUACCAGGGACUCUGGCAGGCGAAGCCCAGCGCAGUCGCAGAGGGGCGAGCACUCGUGCGCCUGUGGAGGCACGAGUGCCUGCGCGUCUUCCAGGAUCGCCUGAUUGACGCGCAGGAGCGCGCAUACGUCGACGAGCAGCUGCUGGGAUCCAUCUUAAAGGCGCGCUUCCCAGAGGAGCUCGAGCACGCGGCAAGGAACCCGAUUCUGUUUGGAGACUUCCGAGACGCUUUGAACCUUCUCCAGCUCUCAGACAGCCCUGCGACGGAGGAGCGGACGUACGAGGACUUGAGCGACUUCGCGGUUCUCCGCAAGCUGCUGGAGGCGUUGCUUGAGAACUUCAACGCGGAGCACAGCCUGAAUCUGCAGAACGUCAUGUUCGAGGAUGCCAUUUCGCACAUAGUCAAAGUCCACCGCAUUCUGCGGAUGAACAGAGGCCACGCCCUUCUCAUCGGGACCGGUGGCUCGGGCAAGCGCAGCCUCACGCAGCUCGCCACAUACAUCGCUGGCUACAAGCUCUUCCAGCUGACUCCGACACGGAAUUACGGCGAGGCUGAGCUGCGCGAGGAUCUGCGUGCGUUGCUCUCUGAGACGGUCGCGACUCCCCACACGUUUUUGUUUUCGGACGCGGACGUCGUCGAGGAGGGCUUCUUGGAGAGCGUGAACAAUUUGCUGACGAUCGGCACGGUGCCUGCGCUGUUUGGCGAUGAGGAAAAGGAGGCGUUGCUGAGCCGCGUGCGAGAGAGCGCCGCGAGCCAAGGUGUGCUGGAGGACGGCUUGUGGAGCUUCGCGCUGAACCGAGUGCGGAAUCACCUGCACGUCGUGUUGGCGAUGUCGCCCGCGGGCGACGCGCUGCGCACGCGGUGCCGCAACUUCGCUGGGCUCGUCUCCUGCACAAGCAUCAGCUGCUUCCACUCCUGGCCAUCGGAGGCCCUGAAGGAAGUCGCGCGGAGCCUGCUGAAGGAUCAGGCUCUCCCGGAACCGGUCCGCGAGGAGAUCGAGGACUACAUGGUUGAUGUCCACCUCAGCGUCACGUCGCGCUACGCACCUGAGUUCGACAAACACCUCGACCGGAAAGUCUUCGCAACGCCGAAAAACUACAUCGAUUUCAUCACAAGCUACACAGGCACCCUGGAGACGAAACGCAAAGACCUCGACAUGCUCGCCGACCGCCUUGAAGGCGGCCUCUCCAAGAUGGCGAACGCAACGGAGGCAGUGAGAGUCAUGAAUCAGGAGUUGGCUGAGAAGAAGGCCGUCGUCGACGAGAGAAGACAAAACGUAGAAAAUCUCAUCAGUGACAUCGAGGAGAAGAGCGUGAAGGCCAGCCGCAGACAGGAAGAGGCGACGGCUGCCGCUCAACAGAUUUCCGAAGAUCAAGUAAUCAUAACGCGAGAAAAGCAGUCGGCGGACGAGGCCCUCGCUGCGGCGAUUCCCGCCUUAGAGGCGGCUGCUCGCGCCUUGGAGAACUUAGACAAGAAAGACAUCACCGAAAUCAAGGCCUUCGCCACGCCGCCCAAGCCUGUCAUGUACGUCUGCAUGUGCGUGGUGGUGCUGAGGCCCCUGGGCAAGGAAAAUGAAGCGGAAGGUUGGAAUGGCGCGAAGGCCAUGCUGAACGACGUCAACUUCCUCAAAUCCCUCAUCGAGUACCCCAAGGACACGAUUACAGACAAGCAGGUGAAGAAGAUUACAGAGCACUUCAACAAGGAGCCGGAGAGCUUCACGAGCGACAAGAUGGCGAAGAUUUCAAAGGCUGGGAACGGGCUGCUAACGUGGGUGAAGGCGAUGAUCGACUACCACCACAUCGCCAAGGGCGUCGAGCCGAAGCGGAAGCUUGUUGAGGAGCUGUCGCUGAAGAAAGACAAGGCGGAGUGGGAACUCGAGAAGAUCACGCUCGAGCUCAGGCAGCUCAAGGAGCAGAUCGCCGGGCUGCAGAGCGACCAGCAGGAACAGGAGGCGAGGCUGCAAGAAAUCCAGACAGAAGCCGCACUUAUGGAGCGGCGGCUGACGGCGGCCUGCCAACUCAUCGAGGGGCUCGAAUCCGAGAGACUGCGCUGGACUCAGGACCUCGAAAACUGCGGCAACACGCGCGAGGAGCUCGUCGGAAACUGCCUUGCUGGAAGCGCCUUUCUCGCCUACGCGGGGCCUUUCACCUUUGAAUUCAGACAACAAAUGGUGUACGAACACUGGGCAAAUGAAGUCCGGCGACGGCAAAUCCCCUGCGCCGUGGACUUCCGACUGGAGCGUCUCUUGACGAGCGACGCAGAAGUAGCCAAGUGGACUGGGGAAGGCCUUCCAGGGGACGAAAUGUCGAUUCAGAACGGCCUGCUGACGACCUGCGCCUUGCGGUGGCCGCUGUGCAUUGACCCGCAGAUGCAGGCUGUGAACUGGAUUACGCGGCACGAAAAAGCGAACGGCCUCGUCAUCAAGUCCUUCUCCGACGAAUACUUGAAGUUCCUCGAGUUGGCGAUGCAGUACGGGAAGCCCUUUCUCUUCGAAGGGGUGGAACACGAUCUUGACCCGCUCAUUGACCCCGUCCUCGAGUCAGCAGGCUCCAAGAGAAAAGCCCCAGAAAAAAUUAUGCUAGGAGGAAAAGAAAUUGACUGCAGUCCGACGUUCGUGCUGUACCUGACAACGAAGCUGGCGAACCCGCGCUUCACUCCCGAGGUCAUGGCGAAGACGACGGUGAUAAAUUACUCAGUGACCAUGUCGGGCCUGGCGGAGCAGCUGCUGGGACACGUCGUCGGCUUCGAGCUGCCUGAACUGGAAAGACAGCGACAGGAGUUGGUGAAAAAAAUGAGUGACGGCAAGCAAAUGAUGAAGCACCUCGAAGACGUGAUUCUCCACGAGCUCGCAGUGUCCAAAGGCAGCAUUCUUGACAACGAGGACCUAAUUCAGACGCUUCAAACGACCAAAACUAAGGCGACGGAGAUCACGUGCUCGCUCGAGGAGGCGAAGCAAACUGCGACUCAAAUUGACAAGUCUCGUCAAGAGUACUACAACGUGGCGAAGCGGGGCUCGAUCAUGUACUUUGCGAUGAGUGGCCUGCGGAACAUUUCAAGCAUGCUCGAGUACUCCCUCGCGUCCUACUUGACGAUAUUCCACGCGGCGCUCCGCGAAGCCAGACCUGAUCGUAUCCUCGAAAACAGGCUCAAGAACGUGACAGAAAAAAUCACGCAGCUCUCCUACGACUACGUCUGUCUAGGACUCUUUGAGCGGCAGAAGCUGAUGUACACGUUCCACAUGACGACGAUGAUCAUGGAGGGGGAAGGGGCGCUAGAUCGGCGGGAGCUCGAGUUCUUUUUCAUGGGAAAUCCUUCCUUCGACGAGCUCCCUGCGAAGCCGGCACACCUCGCCUGGAUUCCGGACAGCGGCUGGAAAGACUUGCUCAUGCUCGAUGAUCUGAACGACGCGUUCAAGGGCAUCGUCGAAAGCAUCAAAACUGAGGGCGAGGCGUGGAAGGAGUGGUACGACGUCGAGGCUCUCGAGUCUGUGCCGCUGCCGGGAGAAAUGUGGAGGAGUCUCACUCCGUUCCAGAAACUGCUGGUCAUUCGCGUUUUCCGUGUCGACCGCGUGCCUACUGCGGUGAAAAAAUUCAUCGCCUGGCGGCUCAACGACCACUACGUCCAGUCUUGCAGUCUCCAGUACAGCAAGAUCUUUGCCCAGUCGUCGGAGCAGUGCCCCAUCGUGCUGAUUCUCUCUCCAGGCGCAGACCCGCAGAGCGACGUGUGCAAGUUGGCUGAGGCCCGCGGCUUUGUCGGGAACAAGUUCAGGUGCCUCGCGCUAGGCCAGGGCAUGGCGCCACUUGCCCAGCAGUACAUCGAAAAGGGCUACCAGCGCGGCUACUGGAUCAUGCUCCAGAAUUGCCACUUGCUGACCUCCUGGCUCAAAUCUCUCGCGAAAUUCCUCGAAACAAUCCAAAAGCCCCACAAAGACUUCCGGCUCUGGUUGACCACACAGCCGAUUGAGGAGUUCCCCCUAAGCAUCCUCCAGAGGUCGCUGAAAGUGGUCACAGAGCCUCCUGACGGGCUGCGGCCGAACAUGCAAGGCUCGUACGCCAAGCUGACAGAAGAAUCCUUGCACGAGAGCUGCCACCCCGCAUAUCCCUCCCUCGUCUACGUGCUCUCCUUCUUCCACGCCGUUGUCCAAGAGCGACGCAAGUACGGGAAGCUCGGGUGGAACGUGCCCUAUGACUUCAACGAGGCAGAUCUAUCGAUUUCGCGUCGACUGGUCGCGAUGUACCUUGACAAGUCGCUGCUGAACGAAGACGCAGUUCCCUGGAGCACCCCGCGCUACCUCAUCGGCGAAGCCAUGUACGGCGGGCGGGUGACUGACGACUACGACAGACGCGUCCUCAUCACCUACCUGGAGGAGUACAUGGGCGAGUUCAUCUUUGACGCCUUCCAGCCCUUUUACUUUUGCCAGAGCGGAUUCGACUACGCAGUACCUCCCAGCGGGCCUCUCGCCUCCUACCAGGACUACAUCAAGGAGCUCCCUCUGUUUAACACGCCAGAAGUGUUUGGUCUCCACGGCAACGCCGAGAUUGGCUACUUCGUAGACGCCGCGAAAAAGCUCUGGGAAGGCAUUCUGAAAAUGAAUUUUUCUGGGAGCAUUAGUUCUGCUGGGGGCGCCAUGCGCGAAGAUCACAUCGACGCGGUCGCCAGAGGCAUCGAAGAGAAAAUCAGUUUCGACGAGUUGGCUUUCGAAAAGGCCGACGGUGCAUAUACCCCCACCGAAGUUGUCCUCAAUCAAGAGAUCGAGAGAUUCAACGUUUUGGUGGACAACAUGCGGGCGAGUCUAAACGACCUCCGGCGGUCGCUAAGAGGCGAAAUCGGCCUCUCCGCGGAGCUCGAAGAACUUGCCAAUGCCCUCGUCACUGGGUUUCUGCCCAGCCGGUGGGCGCGGCUGGCCCCGGCCAGUCUGAAGCCUCUGGGGUCGUGGAUCGCGCACUUCCUGCGGCGCUACGAGCAGUACAAAAGUUGGAUCGAGAAGGGAGAGCCAUGGAGCUUCUGGUUGAGCGGUCUCCAAGUGCCUGACGCCCUCCUCACGGCGCUGAUUCAGGCGACGUGCCGCAAACGCGGCUGGUCGCUGGACAAGUCGACGCUGCUCACUCACGUCACCAAGUUCACAUCGCCCGACCAAAUUCCCCGAAAGCUCGAUCACGGGACUUACCUCAGCGGGCUUUACCUCGAGGGUGCGCGGUGGGAAAUCGAGGAGGGGCGGCUCGCCCGCCAGGCGCCGAAGGAACUGACGAUGGAGAUGCCCCUGAUUCAAGUCACCCCCGCGGAGACGCACAAAUUGAAUCUGCGAUACACUCUGAAGACGCCCGUCUACGCGACGCAAAACAGAAGAAAUGCCAUGGGGGAAGGCUGGGUCUUCGACGCGACGCUCCACACGAAGGAGCACCCUUCACUGUGGAUUCUCUCAGGGGUCGCCCUCGUGCUGCAAACUGACGACUGA